GGCUGGGGCCGGGACCAAGACUGGAUCAGGGACGGGCGUGGGGGAAGCCGAGGCCGGUGGGCGGGACGCGGAGGUUCCGGGUGCCCGAGGCAGUGUCGGGCCGGGCCGAGCCGUUGCCUUGAGCCCCGGGGGACCAGGCCGUGUAGAGCCUCCCAGCGGCCUGUCCUCCCCUGUCGCCAGCCUCGCGUCCCUGCCUACCUGCAGCCUGGCGUCAUGGAGCCGGUGCUCGUGGUCCACGGCGGCGGCGCCAGUUGCAUUUCAUGCGAGCGCCGGCAGCGCGUGCGCCAGGGCGUGAUCCGGGCGGCCUCGCUGGGCCACGGCGUCCUGAGGGCCGGGGGCAGCGCCGUGGACGCGGUAGAGGCGGCAGUGGCGGCGCUGGAGGACGACGCCGAGUUCAACGCAGGCCAUGGCUCUGUGCUGACUGAAAAUGGAGAUGUGGAGAUGGAUGCCAGCAUCAUGGAUGGCAGAGACCUCGGUGCAGGAGCCGUGUCCGCCGUGCGCUGCAUUGCAAAUCCCAUCAAGCUGGCACGGCUGGUUAUGGACAAGACGCCACACUGCUUUCUGACUGGCCAAGGUGCAGCAAAAUUUGCAGCAGACAUGGGGAUCUCGGAGAUUCCUGGGGAGCAGCUGGUGACAGAGAGGAACAGAAAGCGUCUGGAGAAGGAAAGGCAGGAGAAAGACGCCUCAAGUCCUGACUGCCCCAAAAACUUGGGAACCGUGGGUGCUGUGGCCUUAGACUGCAAAGGAAACGUGGCUUAUGCAACCUCUACAGGAGGCAUUGUUAACAAGAUGACUGGCCGAGUUGGGGACUCACCCUGCAUAGGGUCUGGAGGCUAUGCUGACAACAGCAUCGGAGCAGUGUCAACUACAGGGCAUGGAGAAAGCAUCCUGAAGGUGAACCUGGCCCGGCUUGCACUCUUCCACCUAGAGCAAGGAAAGACAGUGGAUGAGGCUGCGGACCUGGCACUGGGCUACAUGAAGUCAAGGCUCAAAGGUUUAGGGGGCCUCAUCCUGGUCAGCCGAACAGGGGAAUGGGUAGCAAAGUGGACCUCAACCUCCAUGCCCUGGGCAGCUGUGAAGGGUGGCAAGGUGCAUGCUGGCAUCGACCUCAAUGACACCACUGUCACAGACCUGUGCUGAGAUGGAAAUAGCCCCUGCGGGGCUGGCGUAGCUUAAUCAAUUAGAUGUCAAAAGGAAAAUUCACCCAGUCUGUCCCUUGUUUUGUUCCUGAUCCAUGAGUAUCUUCACAUUUCCUUUUGGGUUCCAUAGUAGUGAGAGGAACACCAACUUCACAGUGGGACUGAGAGGGUGACAGCCCAACCAGCUCCUCCCCGAAGGACCUGAGCUAGGCCAUGUGGCACAUGGGCAGGAAUCCUGGGGGUAGAGGCAGUGGGAAUAGAGAGCCCCUGAGUGACACCCAGAGGAACUCAGUAUUACACAGCUGCUGUUGAGGCACAAGGACCCUAGCAAGAAGUGUGAAUCCCAACAAGAGGAAUGCAUUUUCUAAGGAUGCUGGGGUCACAUGUGACCAAUGAGCAGCUUGAGCUCCUGAUGCUGUGGGAUCCUCCCAUCACAUCUCCCUGCUUGGAGCAAGGGCUCAGGUGGGGCUGAUGUCCUAUAGUCAGGAGUUUCCUGGCACCCAUGUGCAGGACAGCAGGGCUGUGAACACCCCACCCUCCCCAGAAGCAGGGGCUGAGGGAUGCAGAGUACAUACCAGUCAUCCUGGGGCACAGCAGGAUACCUGCCUGCUUGCCAGGAUGUAAGUGGUGGGCAUAAUGAGCUCGCUUUUCUCUCUCUCUCUGCCCCAAGUUCUGUGUCUGCUGUGAAUGCAUCUGGCCAUCUAGGUCUCUAACUUUGUUGGAGAGGAGCAGUGACGUUGUAACUAGAAGUCCCUGUGGGAAGGGACCUGAGGUCUCCUCAACCAGGCAAUGGUCAUGGCUUUCCAGGAGAGGCUGGGGUGUGCAGUUUUGAAGCUUCUCUGUUUCAGCUUCCUUUACUUCAUGUUACAGCCUUGAUGUGCACCCAUUUACCUACAGAUGAUUUGUGUUUAUCUUCCUCUGUGGUUGAGGAGUGCUCACUGUGCACAAAUGCCACAUUAGCUUUGUGCACUCAGCUGCCGAUGGACACGUGGGUCACAGCCAGGGCUGAGCCGCUGUGGACUGUGCUGCUGCAGGCAUGGCUAUGCAAGCAUCACUGUCUUUAAGUCCUCUGAGAAGACCUCCUGGGGGAGUGGCUGGGUCAGGUAGAAUUUCUACUGAAAGGUGAACAGCCAUCAACUACAAUAAAAUAGAACAACUAUUACUACA